AUGACCAAGCUUGUGCCUUUAUCAGUAGUGCUGGUCCUGCUGCUGUCUCUGAACUGGUCUAGAGGAGCCGUUAUCACAGGGGCGUGUGAUAAGGACAUGCAGUGUGGUCUUGGUUUGUGCUGCGCUGUGAGCCUGUGGCUGCGAGGACUGCGCAUGUGCACGCCACGGGGUGAUGAGGGCGAUGAGUGUCACCCCUACAGCCAUAAGGUUCCUUUCGCUGGGAAGAGACUGCACCACACAUGCCCGUGUCACCCACACCUGGCGUGCACAAGGUAUACAGACACCAGAUACAGGUGUACCAGCGACUUCAAAAAUAUGGACUUUUGACAGAAAGGACUCAGACCAAAAGCAGAAGAAUAAAAUCAAAACACAGUUGUGGGACUACUUGAAGGAGAGACACUGGGAAAAACGAGAGACAACCAUCAUGAUCACCUAUCUUGUCAUUACAGUACAUCUCAAAUGUUCCACUGCAUUAUAAAACAUUCAGUACACAGUAACACAGUACACAGUAAAUCAUUCUUUAUGUAAUGAAAAAUGUAAU